AUGACCAAAACUUGCGUCGAGUUGAAGAAAUACCUCCAUCAAGGGGAAGUCAUAUCUAAUUUAUUUGGCAGCCAUCCUGCCCGUGCUUCCAGUCAGGAUCAUUUCCAAGAUGGCGGUUCUAUGUUAUUAAAUUCAGUCAAGGAUGUUCUGUUGAAGAGCAAAGUAAUCAUUUUAGUGUCUUUUCGGCAAAAAUUCGAUUUAUACAAUUUUACAACCUUAAUCUGCAGAUGUGCAUUAAAAAAUAGGACCACUCGAUCGAUGGCUAAACGACAUUCUCAUGAAGUGACAGUUUGGGUAGCAACUGAUUUAAACUCUUGCAGUUUACCUGGCAGUAACAUCCAAACAUUCUGUGGUAUCAGUUAUAAAGUUCCCACCAUUAUCCUUAAUCGAAUAUCGCGAUUUUUAAUGUUUGCAAUGAACAGCUAUGUCAUGAUCCAGGCUCAGUUACCCAAGGCUUGUGCUGAAGCCGUCAAGAAUAUGAUGUGCAAAUCCGCUUUACCUCAAUGUUCUGCUGAUGCAACAUCCUUUACCUAUCAGAAUUAUACCACAGACUGCACGACAGUCGGCUCUUGCUGGCCAUUUUUUGGCUACAACUCUAAAAGUUACACUGGAACAUUAAGUUUUGAUGCCGAUCAGCGCUACGAUUUGGCUAAAUGUGUACCUACACAAGAAAAAGCCAUCGAAGCUCAAUCCUGA